AUGUCAUCUUAUCGUCCUCGAGGGGGCUACGCCGGCUCUCAGCAGCCAUAUCGAUCCCAUCAUUCUUCACAGCAAGACGAUUUCUACGAUGACCGGUCGAGGUCACGAUCUGGAGAACGCAGACACAGCUCCCCUCACAAACGAAGUCCUCCACACGACAUCAGCCGGCCACCAACCGGACCAUCGCAGGGGGAAUUCAACUUCCGUGGCCGUGCCCGGAGUCCAGAUCGACGACGUGACCGCAGCUAUGACAGGCGCAACCGAUAUUAUGAUGAUGAUCGCAGCUCGCCAUCCCCUCGCCGGGGCAGAUCGUCAUAUUAUGAUCUAGACGACCCUCGCUCCGCUUCACGAGACUACCGCAGCCGCAGUCGAAGCAGACACCGCACACCGUCGGGCGAGCGACCACCAAGCCGAGGCGCCCCAAGCAGGGAAAUCAUGGUGGACGGACUGGCUCCUCAUCUGACUGAAAACGAUAUCUCCUCGGAACUCAAACAAUACUAUCAUGCAGAAGGCCUCGAGGAUACUCGAGUCAUUCGCGACAAGCAAACGAAACAGUCAAGGAGAUUUGGCUUCAUCCGCUUCGGCACACUGCAAGAGGCGGAAGCUUUCAUGGACCGCAACUACCCUGUCCUGUACCUGUAUGGCGACAGCGACAAGUCUAACGGAGGCUCAUCCAAAGUCCGAAUAACCUUCAGUCGGGAGCGGAAAGACCCACGAAGGAAUGACGACCCGGACUGGAUUUGCGAUAAUUGUCUCAUCAACAAUUUUGCGACCCGAGACCGAUGUUUUCGAUGCCAGGCCGAGAAACCAGAACAUCCAACUUACGCCAUCACAAAACCGCCCAAUGUCGGAGACAACGAUGCCUCUCCAGAUAAUCAUCCUUCUCAGUUCCUUCUCUUACGGGGGUUGGAACCAUCUGUAUCUGAAGACUUGCUCGUAAAAGGCGUCGCGAAACUUAACAAGCCAAGCUCGUCUGGGUCUCAACGGGAUGACGUGUCCGCCAAAAAGGGUGCCAAAGUUGCAUCCACCACGGGUGAUGCGAAUCUUGGAGCCAGAGAAGGUACACUGCGUCGAGUCCUCCUUAUCCGCGAUCGAAAGACCCACGAGAGCUGGCGGUAUGGCUUUGCAGAAUAUGCUUCCAUCGAGGAUGCACAGGCUGCCCUGAUUCGAUACAACUCCUUUGAGCGUUUCACCAUCGCUUCCAAGCAGGUGCUCGUUAGCUAUAUCCACGCUGGCGUUUUUGUUCCUGUGUUGAAUCCGACCCCUGACAUUGAACGCUUCUGCUUUAGCCCCGUGGGCAAUCCAGCUAUGAAACUUGCGUAUUGGGAUGAGGGGGCUUAUGUGAAGGAAUUGGCUGUAUCGAUGCCGACCACGGUCUCGCACGACGCAAAGACGGGCUCGACCACACACCCCGAGGCGGGCGCCAAGACGGCCAAAGACGCAGAGAAGGCGAAGAAGCGGAAGGCUCAGGCCGAUGUCGAGACGACCGGAGCCAAGAAGACGGUGCCAUCACACCUCCAAUUCUGGAGUAAUCGCCACGCUGAACUGCAUGGUAUUACGAAGAAAUCGCACGACAGGGAAGUCUCGAGGUCAACUGACGGGAAUGAAAGUGCGGAUGCGCCGCCAUCGCAGUCUUAUGCUGACCCAAGUCGACACUGCUGUUACCUCUGCAUGCGUCAAUUCAACAACGCGGCAGAAGUCAACAAGCACGAGCGUCUGAGUGCGUUGCACCGCUCGAAUCUCCAGGAUGAAACGAAAGUCAAAAGGGCCGUGGCGAAGUUGGCGAAACACGGGAUCCAACGGCAGUUCGUCAUGGCUGCGGCCAAACCGGUGCAGGAAUACCGCGAUCGAGCAAAAGAGAGGCGGAAGAUCUAUGGUGUCGUCAAUAAGAAGGGCGAACAAGUCGGCACCGCACCCAAGUCGUCACGCGCAUCGUCUGAUGAUGAGACCCCGCCGGCACCUGUUCAGUCCAAGGGCGCUUCGUUGCUCAGCAAGAUGGGCUAUACCGCCGGACAAGGACUGGGUGCUUCUGGAGAGGGCAUGACCACGCCGAUCAGUCAAGACCUCUAUGUCGCUGGAGUUGGACUGGGCGCGCAAGGCGGGAAACUUGGUGAUGCAAUUGUUGAAGCGGAGCGAAACACCAAAGGCGAUUAUGGCGGGUUCUUGGAAGAGACGCGACAGAGGGCCAGAGAGCGGUACGCCAGAAUGGAGUAA